GAGCUGUGUAUUUACAUGCAUUGAUCUGCAUGAUGUCGAUGUGUACUCGUAGUUAGUGUUCUAUCAUUUAUUGCAACAUAAAGCUGCGUUUUGUUGUCUGGAACGCGGCUCAAGUACGCGAAGUUUGCUGAUGGAUACGAGGCAAAAUCUCUCAAACUAAAAUUAACACUACCCUAACAGCAACUUUCUACCACAAACCAUGAACGAUGUCACUACAGUACCACAGUCAGGCAACGAAAAUGACGAACGCUUGUCGUUAUCCGCAACGACGACGCCAUUGGACAUCCUUGACGAAGAUUGUCUGCUGGAAGUAUUUGAAUACCUUAACUUCGACGAAUUGCUACUGGCUUCUCGGGUAUGCUUCAAGUUUCUACAGCUUAGCAGGCAACGUCUUCGAAAAAUACGUCAUUUUCAACUGGACUAUCGCGCUCUGCUUAUGAGGAAGGAUGACCCGUUGAACCGCGUAAAAGACAUAUUCACUAACGUGGGACCGAGUAUGUGUGCCUUUAAAUUCUCUGGAGGAUUUAUUAUGAACGAACCCCUUAAACGUAGCAUCAUAGACAACAUCACCUUGAAUUGCAGCAAUUUACAGCAUUUGACACUAAAUUAUAUAGAGCUUAGCGCUGAACACUUGACCGCCUUGAAACCAUUGCUGCAGCAGUUGAAGGGGUUGGAUUUAGGGCGAUGUGCGCUGAAAGACGAAACAUUCGGCCAGUUUGUCGGAGCAGCAUCCGAACUGAGAUUUCUCGCUAUACCAGGGAAUGCUGAACUGGAUGGAAGUUUCCUGGAAAUGUGGCACAGUUGUUCGUUAUUGGAGCUGCUAGAUGUUAGCUAUUGCUACUCGCUGAAUGUUGGAUCAAUCGAAUCUUUUCUAGUGCGAGCUGUGAAACUGAGAGGUGUAGACGUAACGGCCUGUCAGUGGUUGCAAAAGGACAAGCAAAUAUUUAAUGCAUGUAAUCGGAACAUAGAGCUGUGUAUUGAGCUACCAGAGUUUAGUUACUACAAAAAUGCGUAACUUAGUAUUUUUAAUGUGUAUUCCAUAGCCUUUAUUUAUUCACUAUUAGAAAUUGUAAAUAUGUAUUUUACAUGUGGUGUAUUGCUUUGUAUUGACAAAUAUAUUUUAUAGGUGUAUGCGAAAGAGAAUUUAAUAACUCAAUUACAUGAAACUGAACUUUCUUCAUAAAAUAGUGAUAUAAAGUAUUGUGCUUAUAAUUCAGGUGCUUUCGAACAAAAAGUCGAAAAAACUCUGGCAUUCAAAAAUCUACUUCCUUCCAUUCUAUUUUUAUGAAAAAAAAAUAAUUUUCUUUCAUUUAUUUUAUUGCACACCUUUGUUCGAAUAGUUACUGAAUUCUUAGCAGAAAGCCAUAAAACUUCAGAUAGCAGCCUGCAGACAACAAAAUUUUCGAAAUAUGAUGCCUAACAUUUGUGGAAGCAAGACUACUCCACUAAAAGGCUUAAUGUUUCCAAUAGUUUCGUCUCACCCAACCUGGACAUAUGUAUAGACAAAAACCAAUGUGAAAAACCUUUCUUUAAUAUUCAAAAAGCUUGAAAUAAAUAU